AUGGCCCGUCUUUCCACCAACAACCAAGGGUCUGCUAGAAGAGCCGAUCCACUCUCACGUGAAACAGGCGUCUACAGAAAUCUACCGGGGGAUCCUCCGACUCAAAGUGGUGUGAAAAAAAGACGAUACCGUCCUGGCACGAACGCAUUGCGAGAAAUUAGACAAUACCAACGGUCCACAGAUCUCUUGUUGCGUAAGUUGCCAUUUGCACGGCUUGUAAAGGAAAUUGCAGAAACCUAUAUUGGUGCCGACUACGGAAUUCGAUGGCAAUCUAACGCGGUAUUGGCGCUACAAGAAGCGUGUGAGGCGUUCUUGGUUCACUUGUUGGAAGACACAAAUCUAUGUGCCAUCCAUGCUAAAAGGGUCACUAUAAUGCAGAAGGACAUUCAGUUGGCCCGCCGGCUUCGCGGACAUCUCUGA